CAUGCAGACGGAGCAGGGCAGUGCAAGAGCCGAUUAUAUAACCUGCCAAGUCACCCUGUAAAUAGUUCUUACUGGCACGACUGGCACACUGUGCUGUACAUUUCUGUACAUAUUUCGUUAAAAGAAAGACAAUUAAAAAGUUAUAUGCUGUUUUAUUAUACUUUUCUCGUAUUUUUUUCUCGUAAUAUCCUUAUGGAAUGACUUGUACCUGCCUAUGACAACCGAUUGAAAUGUGAGAGGUGUAACGUUACCGACAUCCAAAACGAUAGCCAACUACACACAAUUUGAAUCCUAUCCUUGGGAAUAGUUAAUCAGUGUGGCAUCAUGGUGAUCGUAACGGAGAGAAGCCCGGGCUCCCAGCCCAACCAUACUCAUGGAAGGCCUCUACAGGUCGGCUUCUACGAGAUCAUCCGCACACUGGGGAAAGGAAACUUCGCUGUGGUCAAACUGGCAAGGCACAAAGUCACCAAAACACAGGUGGCCAUAAAGAUCAUUGACAAGACCAGACUAAACCCAUCCAACCUAGAGAAGAUCUACAGAGAGGUCCAGAUCAUGAAGCUGCUGAACCACCCCCAUAUCAUCAAACUCUACCAGGUUAUGGAGACUAAAGAUAUGCUGUAUAUUGUGACAGAAUAUGCCAAAAAUGGAGAGAUGUUCGACUACUUGACCUCAAACGGGCGCAUGAGCGAGGAUGAGGCACGGAAGAAGUUCUGGCAGAUCCUGAUGGCAGUGGACUACUGCCACAGGCACCACAUCGUUCACCGUGACCUCAAGACUGAGAACCUGCUGCUGGACACCAAUAUGAACAUCAAACUGGCCGACUUUGGAUUUGGAAACUUCUACAACUCAGGCGAGCCCCUGUCUACGUGGUGCGGCAGCCCCCCCUAUGCAGCACCCGAGGUGUUUGAGGGGAAGGAGUACGAAGGGCCACAGUUGGAUAUCUGGAGUUUGGGUGUGGUUCUGUACGUUCUCGUGUGCGGAUCCCUUCCGUUCGACGGGCCCAGCCUUCCCGCCCUCAGACAGAGAGUCACAGAGGGGCGCUUCAGAAUCCCCUUCUACAUGUCUCAAGACUGUGAGAACCUGAUCCGUAAGAUGUUGGUGGUGGACCCAACCAAGAGGAUCAGCAUGGCCCAGAUCAAGCAGCACCGCUGGAUGCUGGCUGACCCCACAGCCCCUAACCAGACCCUCAGUAUGGCACUGCCCCUCACAGACUACAACUCCAACCUGGGGGACUACAGCGAGCCCGUCCUGGGCAUCAUGCAAAGCCUGGGCAUCGACCGCCAGAGGACCAUCGAGUCUCUACUGAGCAGCAGCUACAACCACUUCUCAGCCAUCUACUAUCUAUUGUUGGAGAGGGACAGGGAGCACCGGGCCUUGCAGCUCAGUCGCCAGUGUGGACCCUGGACCCAGAAACCCAGGGACACUUCCGACUCCGGUACCCCAGAGGUCAUCAUGGAGGACAGCUUCAGAACUUCGGCCUACCCCAUUCAGUGCAAGACCACCCCUCCCAUGCAACCAGAGAUGGAAUAUGACCACGGUGCAUUGUUCCAACGUGUGGCGUUCCCCGGGGAAGCCAGUCUGAACCGCCUGCUGUGUAACCACUCCAUCUCCCCCAACAGCCUGCUGGAGACCAGCAUCAGUGAGGAGGUCACACACACCUGCUCACCCCUCGUCCUGCCCACCACCAACUCCCGGCGACACACCCUGGCCGAGGUCUCCCCUCACUUCUACCAGUGCAACCCCCCCUGCAUCGUGGUCAGCCUCUCCGAUGGUGCAUCGUCUGACAGCUGUUUGAAGUCCUUGUCCACCCCCAACCCUGCCCUGCGCCCUCCUGUGGGGGGGCUGUCAGCCAUGACAGCCUCUGGGACUGGCCCCAGGGCGCUGAUCUCUGCCGGUACCCAGCUGGCCCUCUCCUCUCAUCUCCUCCCCCAGGCCCAAGCUUCCAGCUUCCAGGAGGGCCGCAGAGCCUCUGACACCUCCCUAACACAAGGUCUGAAAGCCUUCCGCCAACAGCUGAGGAAGAACACUCGCACUAAGGGUCUUCUGGGUCUGAAUAAGAUCAAUGGUCUGGCAAGGCAGAUCUGCCCUCUGACCUCCGACCACAGUAGCCGUGGCAGCCGGGGAUCAAUAGGUCCCACCAUCAAUGAGCACCGCAGCAUGCUAGAGGAAGUUCUGCAACAGCAAAGAAUGCUCCAGAUCCAGCACCAGCCCCAGGCUCCUCAGUCAGCAUCUACCCAGAACCCUCUGCUCUUCCUGUCCCAGCAGCAGCCCCCCUCCCCCACAUCCGUUUACGCCACCUCAACCCUGUUUGACACCUCCGCCUCCUCCCUCCCCCAGGGGGAACAUCAACACCCCCUUUCCCCACACCAGAGUCUCCUGUCUCUCCAGCACGCCUUCUGGCAGCAGCCUUUGGAGUCAUCUUCCUCCUCCUAUGGCUCCUCUUCCUCCUGCUCCUCAUCAUCCUCCUACUGCGCCGCCUCCACCUUCCUCUCCCCUGUGGCCUCCGCUGCUUACCUCCUCGAGGCUCACCUUCACAUCAGCCAGCAACCCAGCCUCCAUCCCCAGACCAACCUACACUACCAACCCCAGGCCCAGAGCCAGGCCUUCACCCAGGGCCCCUUACCCCUUGUGGCCAGGCAGGGGAUGUGGAGCCUGGAUUCAGCCUCCGGAAAAGAGUCAGAGAUGCAGGAGCUGAGUCUGGGUGGGCAGCUGAGCAGCUGUGUGAUGGUGAAGUAAUGGAAAGAAAGGAGAAACAGGAAACAACAAAUUCCUACUAGACCAGAGUACUUGUUCUGUAUGGCAACCAGAGUAAAAAUGUCAUGGUGAUGUCAUCACUGAUGGACAGGAAGGGUGAGCACUUUUUGACAGUGGGAACAGAACUUUGAGCUGUGGAGUUGCUCACAGAUCAUCAGAUGAUGAGAAGAUGAUAGGACGACAGAACAAAUUGUCCUAAGUGUGAAAAGAGAACUAUUGGGGAGAGCUAAAUGAAAAACUGAGCAUAGAAUGGACAGAUAAAGAAAGAAAAUGAUGAAAGUGGCAAAUCUAGAUUCUGUUGAACAACAUACAAACACUCACAUCUAGGUGUGUGUAUCUGUGUGUGUAUCUGUGUGUGUAUCUGUGUAUGAUCACAUAAGCUGACAAUUAAGCAAUAACAAAACUCUGGAGAGGUGACUCUUGAGUUCUUGUCGGAUCCCCAGAGAAGCAAUAAAGGUCUGGGACCACCUCAACGCAACACUGUACCUGUCCUUUCUCCCUAAUAGGGACCCCAACUCACCCAUCUCCUUUUCUGGAGGGGUAUGUGAAGGACUCAUCUUGAAAAGACAAUGAGGAGUGGUAUAGUAAGAACUAUUUCAACAGUUUUUUCCGUUUUUUUGUUUGUUUGAAAACUGGAGGAUCUAGUCUUCCUGAUUUUGUUUGUUUGAAAACUGGAGGAUCUAGUCUUCCUGAUUUUGUUUGUUUGAAAACUGGAGGAUCUAGUCUUCCUGAUUUUGUUUGUUUGAAAACUGGAGGAUCUAGUCUUCCUGAUUUUGUUUGUUUGAAAACUGGAGGAUCUAGUCUUCCUGAUUUUGUUUGUUUGAAAACUGGAGGAUCUAGUCUUCCUGAUUUUGUUUGUUUGAAAACUGGAGGAUCUAGUCUUCCUGAUUUUGUUUGUUUGAAAACUGGAGGAUCUAGUCUUCCUGAUUUUGUUUGUUUGAAAACUGGAGGAUCUAGUCUUCCUGAUUUUGUUUGUUUGAAAACUGGAGGAUCUAGUCUUCCUGAUUUUGUUUGUUUGAAAACUGGAGGAUCUAGUCUUCCUGAUUUUGUUUUUUGUUGCUUUUUCAGUUUUGCUCAGUUUUUGUAUAGAGACUUUUAUUACAUGUCAUUGUUUUUUACUUUAUUUUUGUUUUUACUUCAUUUGUCUUUUGGAGAAGAUAUUACUUUGUGGCAAUCCUACAAGCAUGCAGCAUCAGAACUAUUUUAAUCUUCAAACUUUCUUUGAACACAAUGCUACAGUGAUUUGACAAACUGCGAGUUGUUUGUGUAAGAUUCUAGCUGAGCUAAUGCUGCUUUUACCUCAGAAGAAGAUAAAAACCUGGUAUAUCUUGAUCAGCCAAAACUGAAUAAAAAAUAUACUUGCUGAGUGUCUAAAGCACAAUAGGUAUUGCUAUUAGCAAGCAGUGUGUGCCUGUGUGUGUGUGUGUGUGUGUGUGUGUGUGUGUGUGCGUGCCUUACAAAAAGGUUGAUUUCAAUGUAUAAUUUAUAUUUAUAUAUGGCUACUUUCUAACCAUAUUGUCUCUGUUGUUACGUCCUUUUGGUGAGGAAUCCUCAAUCAUGCUAUUCUGCUGUUUUAUCACUACCUUCUCAGGUAACCAAGUCCCAAAAAUGUGGAAACGUUGUCUAAACUUAAGAUCCUGAAGACCUACAGUAUAAGCAUGAUGUCAUUCCCUAUCAGAGGAAAACAAGGCUUUAACCACUUUACUUUCCACUUGAUGUAUAGGCUGUGUGUAGGCUAUAUGCUGUACUGCUUUCACAUAGCCAGAACAAAGACUUUGGGACUAUAAUGCAAUAUUUCACAUUGAAAUGCAGAGGAAAUGAGAAAUGAAGAGCUGACAGGAUUGUACAUUACCUGCCUGCUGGCAUUUAUUCGAUUUCCUUGUUUUUAUUAGUACAUUUUUUCAUUUGUGUAUGAUUGUAAGAGUUUUUAAAACCUUUGGAGGUCGCUAGCUGAGUAGAUCAGGAACCUGAACGCUUCUGGUUUUUGAACAUGAACAUAUGAAUAGAUGUAAAAGAAAGGACCCAAACCAUUUCAUAGUGCUUUUCAUCUUGACGUCACAGUUGCCUCUGCCAUUGUACAAUGGCAGAACUAGAGAUAAGCCAAAAGAGAGAGCAGAGUAAGAGAAAGAAGCACUGCUUACUUUCCAGCAACUCAAAAUGCUAGCUAGCUAGUGCUUUCAUGGUGUACUCUGUGUGGCUCAUGCUAUGAGCAAGCUGCUUCUGCCACAAGAUGCGAAUGUGUUGAAAAUUCCCCUAGCAGUUGGGUUCCAGGACCAUGUCUGUAUUUGUCUGUAUUUGUUUUUGUAUUUUCUAAGAAAAUAAGACAAUUUGUAGCACUACAAUUUUGUUUGCUGCAAUGUGCGUUUUUCAAUGGAUUGGACGUAGGUGGUAGAGGUCGCUAGCUAGAGGUUAAUACAACACACUUGGGUGUAUGUGUUAGGCCUAUUUAUUCUUAGAGAAUGUGUUUGAAACAACACCAUUUACUUCAGCUGUUUACACCAUGAUAGCAGUGCACCUUUGUUAUUUUAGUUUGACCAUAUCUGUGAAGUGGUCUUCUUUUGAACAACAUGUUGAAGGGGAAAAGUGUUGGAAGCCUGAAGCUUAAAAGUGGUUUGAUUGAUUUCUAUCUGAAAUAAGCAGUGUUAAUAUUUCUAAAUUACAUUAUAUUUUGCUUGAUUACACUCACCAACAGUGCUUGUGCCUUCUUUGGAACAAACCCCCUAUGAUCAGAGUAACCCUCUUUUGUCCAAUCAGCACAAAGAGAAAACAGGUGGGCCCAUAAGACCCAGAUUUGCUACUUUUUCUGUAUUGAAGAAAAAAUACUGCAUUUCACUUUACAAUGAAUAUAUCUCAUUUCUGAAAUAUGUUUAGUUUCUCUUGUUGGUUCAGAAAACUCUUCACAAACUUAGUUUGACCAAACUAUUGAAAAACAAAAUAGCCUUUUCGACGCAGAUCUGUAAGAUGUCCUUUUUGGUCAAAUGCUGGAUAUGAAGAAAUAUGAGUUAUGAUUUUAUGAUUUUGUACUUGACUGUGUGUGUGUGUUUGUAUGAAUGUUAUAUAAAAACAAAGAUUGUUUAUUUGUGUGGCUAAUUUAUUUGAUUAAAACAUGAAUAAACAUGAAUUCCAGUU